AUGUCCUUAGAUGAUGAAUAUAUUCCAGAAUUCUCCAAAGAGACUGAGUCCAAAGUGUUAAAAAAAUUAUCUGCUAAAAUUCUAUGUAAUUUAGUUAUCGAUUGGUAUGAAAAGUUUGGACUAUCUAAUAAGAAGUUGCGAUAUUUAUCUUACAAAAAUCUACAAUUAGAUUUUAAAUAUGAAUCACGUAACAAACAUAAUAUGUCCACUCUCAUAACUAAGCGAUAUUGGCCUAAUGGUUUAAAUCUUUACCAACUAAGUGACAUUGAUUUUAAUAUUUUAUUAACUCAUCCAUCUCGUUACAAAUGGAAUUCUGUUACAAUGUAUAAAUCUCAAACAGAAAAAUUUCGACCCUUUUAUAACAUUCCUUGGAUUGUCAAAGAAUUGAACCUUCAAUUAUCAAACUAUUAUUUAACCUAUGUAACUUCAAGACAUGAUUCUGAAAAAAAUAUAGAAUUAAUUAGAAUACAGUUUUUUGAAAAAUCAUUAAUACCACUCAAUAGUCUGAAGCCAAAACUACUUUCACGAACACCAUACUAUUUUGUUUUAUUAGAUGAUCAGGAAUUACCUAUCUUUAUUCAUACUUCUGGUGAAGAUCCAACAUCUCAGCUGAUUCUAGAAACAUUUAAAGGAAUUAUCGUAAAUUCUUCACCAUAUAAUAUCCAUUUUAAGAGAAAUGAACCCAUAAAAGAAUCAAUAAAAUCUUUAGAUAAUGCACUGAAGUCUUGUAGCACUUCUAGACAUAACAACUCAGUAGGUAGGUGGUCUCAAUAUGGUGAAGGUAACUUUGAAUUGUCACCUUUAAAUAAUAUAAUAGACCAUAAUGCUUCAAUAGGUAAAAAAAUCAGAAUUGAUGAUAUAAAUAUGAAAUCAAUGUCAUUAUUCAAGGGAUCCAAUACAUAUCUCAAUAGUUACAAUUCCAAAGAUCCUGUAUCAAAAGUAUCAUUCCAAUACAGGGAUCCAAAUGAUGAUAUCGCAGUCGGGUUUAAAUUUCUUGGUUCAGAUAUCUUUGGAGGUUUGCAUCAGCUCUGUGAUGAGGGUUUGAUGAAUAUUAAUAAAAUUCCAGGUUGGUUAACUGGUGAAAAUGGACCAUAUUCGGGUAUUAUUGAAAAUGGUGAUUUUAUUAAAAAAUCUAGGAAAUCGUAG